AUGCAGCGGCUUUUCAAGAGCAACAAGUCGCAGGCCUCCAUAGAAGACCCUCAGACACACCCUGAUCCACAUCCCCAUCAGCAACAGCAGCAGCCCCAGCCUCAGCAUCAGGGACGUCAACAGCCUUUCUUCGACCACCAGCAGCAGCACCAACUCUAUCCUCAACCACCUUCACAAACGCAUCCAUUGAGCGACCUUCAUUAUCAGGGACAAGCCUCAGAUCCCCUGUCCCAACCUCAGCCUCCUCCAGCUGCCCCUCCCCACUUAGGACGCACCCAAAGCGGUCGCAGUCCUUCCAUCCCCGACGUGUAUGGAACUCAAAGGCCGCAAGUAAACAUUGUGCCUCCUCUGUCUCAGCAGCACGCCUUCAUUCCUGAAGGCCCCGCUCCCAUUCCAGGGCAGACAACAUUUGGCCAGUCAAGACAGGUUCGAACUAUUGAAGACAAGGAACACAAACGAUCAAAGCGCCAUUUCAUCACAAGCCUGAUCAAAGACAAGAGCAAGGACGAAGACAAGCAGCGAGAAAAGGAAAAAGAAAGCGCUCCCCCUGAGCGCAAACCUCUUGGACGAUCAAGCUCAGUACAUCUCUUGAGAAAGUCGCACCCUCCUGAUCACCCAUCCCGCGACUCAUAUUCAACGCAGACCUCACCCCAGUCUCAGCAUCCAUCAAGACAUUCGACCUAUUACCCCCCUGCACCAUCGACCGACGCUUCAGUCGCACACACAGAUCAGGCUGCGGAUCAAGCCCAAUACGAGCAGUACCAGAGGCCUGCAGGCCAUUUCGACUCUCCACAAAGCCAAUUAACACAUCAAUCGGUCGACUACGCCGAAGACACUCCUCACUUCAGUCCGCAACAGGACCAAUAUCACGCAUAUCACCAAAGCGAGUCUGCCAGCACCUCGGAACAUUACCUGCCCUAUCAACCCCAGCAGCCUCGACCCAACAACGGAGAUUCUGACCCGUAUCAACACCUUAGACCACCGUCACAAGCAUCCCUGGGCCCUCCUUCUCCCAUCAACACCCCUGCUCACCCCCAACUUGCUCAAGAGUCUCGCCCCUCCACAGCGGCCACCAAUCGUUAUUCGGCACAAUCGGCCACUCAAGGCCAACAGCCAGUCCAGACUGCCAUGGCAAGAGGCGAUCCCCCUAACGGGAGCAUUCGCCAGCAGUUGUCGCAGCGAGAACCUCGUUCUGAAGAUCAGAGUCAAUAUCAGAAUCAAAGCCAGGCCGACCCAAGAGUGCGAAUGUCUCAACAAGCAGCGUCUGAACAAGGCCGAAGCACGCCCCCUCCAAGGAGCCGAGAGGAUAUCAGUCAGUUGGACUACAACCAACUUCUCCAACGCCAUGAGGAAUUGCAGGCGAAAUAUUCCAAAGUCAAGCGAUACUACUUUGAGCGGGAGGCUCAAGUGACUCAGCUACAGAACACCGUGGCAAACCAGCGUCUGUCGAUGUCCAAAACGUCGCUCGAUGACGCUCAAUAUACGGCAAGAUUUGAGCGUCUUAGUCAGGCAAUCAACAACCUUUCCUUCAACAUUCGCAAGAAUUGGCGGGCGAUUCCGCCAUGGCUGCGACAUGUGUGCAACCAGGAUGCUCACACUGUCGGCACGAAAGAAAUGACCGCAAUAGGACGAGCUUGUAUUACUCGAUGGCUAUACGAGAGUAUCUUCCAGCACACGUUCCACCCGGGCAUUGAACCAUCAUUAUCUGCACAGUUGAAGCACAUCGAACACAAUUUGCGUCGUGGAGGGCAAGCUGGCACUCUGCUGGCCGACGAGCAACGCGACGAUUUGACGACCAAAAUCACGACCUGGCGACUCACGACCAUUGAAGGUCUGCAAGACGUGCUCAGUUCCCAGCAGGCGGAGCAUUACAUAGAGACGAUGAACAAGCAUUACACUCACCAGCUCACCGAAUCACUGAAAGCCAACUUGACGGACCCUCCGCCCCCAGGGUUAGUUGAAGGGGUUGGCAUGAUUGUUGGACAAGCCAUUGGCAUUGCCUCCAAUAUUCCACUGGAGUCGCGCGAGAUCUGUAUUGAAUAUUUCAUGCCGGGCACUCCUGUGAACGAGACGUACAUGAAAAUUGAACCACAAAUAGUCGCCUUGACCAACCCUGGUCCAGACGAACGCAUCCUCCAACAGCAAGCAGCCCAAGCGAAGGCGCAAGAACAGGCACGAGCGCAAGAAGAAGGCGACCAAAUGAGCACAGCCAGCACAGAAGAUGGGCCGCGCGACCGUGACGUCGAGGCCGAAAUUCGUGAAGCUGCUGGCAAAGCUGCAUCACAGGCAGCCCAGCCCCCAGGCCAACAAGGACGAAAUGAAAGCGGGGCGAGCGCCGGCAGCCAGACGACGGUCAAGGGUCCGAGCGAGAAGCACUCCAAGAAAUCAAGUUUCCUGGGUGGCUUCGUAAACAAAAAGCCCUCGAUCUCGUCGCGUGGUGAGAGUCGUCCCGAAGGUGCUUCGGCAGGCAACGAGGGCGAGGAUCAACGUGGACAUGUUCGGAACAGUAUGGCAGUUGAUCCGGCGCAGUUGGGCCCACCACCUGGCGCGAAUGAAGGCCGGAUCAGAUUUGCAGCUUUCUUGGCUGUCGAGGUCAGAGGGAAGGGACCGACAUCAAAUGCGUCGGGAGGUGGCGGCAACAAUGGAAAAGAGCCCGGGUCCGCAGCCACAGGAGCAGCUCCUCAGACUUCUGUCAACGUCCUAUUCAAGGCGCCAGUCUAUGAGUUCUAG